AUGUCAAGCGCAAACCAACUCUUCCUCUUGGCGGACCACAUCAAGCUCUCACUUCUCGAGCGACAACGAGCAAAGAGCCUCAACCUCGACGCCGAGUCCAACGAUGGCCACAUUUCACGGUCGCUCGACCAAUUUCGCGAUGGCCUAGAGGCCCUAGUCAAGGAGCAGAGGCGGCUGGAGGAGGCCGGGGACGAAGACGGCGCCCUGACGAUAGGCGACAACUUGCCCGAGCUGCAGCAGCAAUACAAGGACCUGCAAUCGCAGUUCCACGGCUUCUCGUCACCGGGCGCCGAAUCCACGCUCACGCACCCCAACGACCCGGCCCUCGCCGCCGACUUUGCACACGCCAACACCUUGUCGCAUAACAAAGACGGCAGCCCUGAUGCGUCGGCGUCGGCUUCGGCAUCUUCGGCACUCCGGCCAAACGGCGUCCAGCGCAACAAUUCCAAGAUGGUCCGGUUCUCCGACAACCCAUCAUCGUCGAACGAUGACGCGCGGGACCCGGAUCUGGAGGCGCAGCUCUUUGGCUCCCGGUACAGGGACAACCCGAGCGACGACAGCGCUGGCUACCGGGACGAGAUCGACUCGCAGAACAUGAACAACCAGCAGAUCCACGCGUACCACCAGCAGAUCCUGGACCAGCAGGACGCGCAGCUCGACGCCCUGGGCGACUCCAUCUCCCGGCAGCGGGAGCUCAGCAUGCAGAUCGGCGACGAGCUGGACGACCAGGUUGCCAUGCUCGACGAGGUCGACGUCCAGGUCGACCGGCAUCAGGGUCGCCUGGACCGCGCCAAGAGGAGGGUGGACAAGAUUGCCAGGACGGCGGGCGACAACAAGCAGCUGGUGGCUAUCAUCGUCUUGAUCGUGGUAUUGGUCUUGCUUAUUGCGUUGUUGAAGUAG